AUGUGGGAAUGUUAUAUUUUAAUUAAGAUAAAUCUCAAAAUUAUUGUAAAUUUAACCUUAAUUCUUAGUGAUUUGUUAUUAUGUAUAAAAAUUAAAAGUUUUUCAGUUUCUGAAGCGGAAAAAAGAAUAAAUGGUACAUUAAACCUUAGAGAAUAUUUUACAGUAUAUUUAAUUGAAACAGUAGUUAAAAAUCCUGAUUUCAAAAAAAUAUCUACAAAAUUAGGCACAAUUUGGAGACGAUAUUCAGAGUUUGAGCAAUUACAUUUUUAUUUGGAAAUAACUUAUCCUUAUCUUAUUUUACCGCCUCUUCCUGAAAAAAAAAUUUUAUUCGGAUGGCAGAAAUCAGGAUCUGAUACUUUUGAUCCGGAUUUUGUUGAUAGAAGAAGAGCUGGUUUGGAAAAUUUUUUAAUCAGAACUGCAUCUCACCCUUUACUUUGUUACGACAAAUUGUUUCUUGGAUUUUUGCAACAAGAAGAAGGAUGGCACGAACUUUGUAAAGAAACAGGUUACUUGCAACAAACUGAAAAUAAGUUGAAAGCUUUAGCUGCAUUACCUUCUAGAAUAAAAAAACCAGAUGAAAGAUUUGAAGCGUUAAAAGAUUACAGUAAUGAAUUAAAUACUCAUCUUCAAAAUCUACUUAAAACCAGAACAAGACUUGCAGAAAGAUAUUAUACUAUUUAUAAAUUGCAUGCUAAUUACGGAAGAGUAUUUUCAGAAUGGAGUGCUGCAGAAAAAACAAUGGGAGAUGGAUUACAAAAAGCAGGACAUUUCUUAGACUCGUUUGCAGCUAGCAUAGAUUUAGCUUCGGAGGAAGAAGAAGUCAUAGCAGAUCAAUUGAAGCAAUAUUUAUUUUUUGGUGCAUCUGUUCAAGCAGUUUGUAAAAGAAGAGACAUGCUUCAGUUGCAAUUACAAAGAGCUCAGGAUUAUAUAGAUGAUAGAGUAAAUCAAAUGGAGCAAGUUCAAAAGGGAAAAGUUAGUUUUAUGUCUCGUAUUUUCGGUACGACCGACAGAUUAGAAACAAAAGAACUACGAGUCAAUGCCGUAGAACAACGCAUACAAGAAGGAAAAAUUAAUAUGAAAGCCAUUGUAGAUGAACUUAAUGAUUUUACGAAGGAAGCAUUAUUAGACUACGAACGAUUCGAUAAACAAAAAACGUUAGACGUUAAAGAAACUUUAGGUAAUUACGUAGGAAUUCAAAUUAAAUUAUCUAAACAAGGUUUACAAACAUGGACUCACGUCAAGGAAUGUUUAAAUAGUUUCUCAUAA